UUCUAAUUUUUAUUUAAAGAAGAAAAGAAAAGCCCUAAACCCCCUUCUCUCUGUCUAGCACUCAUCUUCGCUUGCAGCGGACCAGAAACCCAGCAAGCAUUUCGACGAAGACAUCAAAGUCAGAACCUCACUCCUCCGCUCUCAGCCCUCCCUUAGGUGAAGAAGAUGCCAUUGGGACUAAUACUAGGGUUAGGAAGGGCAUUUCGUCGAAAGCGAACGUCAUCACUUGACAUUCUUUCCUCCAAACGUGCCCCUAGGGAUUACUACAAGGGGAAGAAUUGCAAGCCUACUGGUUUCCACACCCGAAAAGCUAAGUAUGUCGUGCAGCAGGAGAAAUUGCCUAACUAUGUAGUCCCAGAUUUAACCGACUUCAAGCUCAAACCAUAUGUAUCUCAGUGCCCCAGAGAGGUCAAGACUACUCAGUCUGCUGAACCAACUAAAUGAGCAAACUGAGUUGCUAGUGUUUGAUCUUUUCGUUUAUUGUUCUAAUUGUGAAUUAAGUCGUUCCUGUUGAUAUAUUUUCUAGUAGGGAUCGAUGUUAGACUGCGAAGAGGUUAUAUUCUUGUUUGGCAUUGGCAGAUUCAUGCCUUGGACGUGUUAAAAAGUAAUAAACUUUCUAGCAUUGCUUUAUA